AUGGCCGACAUUACUGAUCAACAACCCGACCAGGCGUCGCCUUCCGUACUCGAGGACGCGCAUGCCGUGGGCAAUGGCACCGCGACCGCGCCCGAUAACCGUGGUGUGAAGCGUCAACGCCCAUCCACCGCCGACGAUGAUGAUGAUGAUGAUGAUAAGCCCGGGCGCGAGAGGAGGAAGAUUGAGAUCAAGUUCAUCGCCGACAAGUCGCGUCGUCACAUCACCUUCUCCAAGCGCAAGGCCGGAAUCAUGAAGAAGGCAUACGAGUUGUCUGUUCUGACUGGCACGCAAGUCCUGUUGCUCGUUGUCUCAGAGACUGGACUUGUGUAUACGUUCACCACCCCGAAGCUUCAGCCUCUUGUCACCAAGGCUGAGGGCAAGAACCUCAUUCAGGCCUGCCUUAACGCUCCAGAGCCAGCCGGCAACAACGAGAACGGCGUCGAGGAUCAAAACCCCGUCGAGUCGCCCGAAGAACCAGCUCCACAACACCUCCCCGCCCAGCAAAGCAGGCCUGGCAUGCAGACGGCGCCCAUGCACCCCAACUACCUCCCCGUCGACGCGCAACAAAUAGCCUACCAGAACUAUCUGGCGCAACAGCAGCAGCAGCAGCGCGGGGGCUACCCAGGCAUGCCCCCACAAGCCGGCAUGCCGCAGCAGCACUCGCACCAGGCAUGA